GGUCUCCUCGCAAGAAGAAACUCGAAUCUCGUAAGUAAGAAACCAUCCCCAGCCGUCGUAGUACCUGUUUGCUGGUGCAGUCGAGUGCAGUAAUUCUUCGCAUAUUUAUUUAUUUACUCGCAUGACACUGGCUGAAUUCAACGAGAAGGUAUUCUGCAAGACCAAUUUUGUGUUAGUGGAUUGUGCUAAAUUUUUUGCACGUAUGAAUCAAAGGAGGACUAAUAAUUAUAUGGGUUAUACUUACUUCUCUUUCAAGACAAGUGAUCGUCUCCACAUUUUAUCCAAGAGCUUGUUAAGAAAAGGGAAAAAAGUCUUUACAAGGACUGAAAUUAUUGGCGAGAGAGAUAUAAAAUACUUAUAGACGAAAAGAGGAAGGAUAACGACACGAGAAGAGCGAGGCCUAUAUGUAAAAGUGUACGGUUUGCAUAAAAGGAGGCCCAAGGCGAAAAGGGAAGGAUUAAGAUUAUUAAAUUGCAAAGAUAGUUUUUUUUGGGAAAAAGGAAGGGUAGAAAAUGUGCAGAAUCAGAAUAAUCCAGUGCAAAAAUAAGCAAGGGGGCGGUUUGCAAGUCUGAGAGCUUAUUGUAAAUUUGGCAGGAUUAUCUAUUAUAUUGCAAAUUUACUGAUCGCGUUUACCCUAUCCGGUUUUUGGUAAAGAAUGCCGAGAAAUUCUGAGGCCCUAUUAUUUGUGCUAAAAAGUGGUCACGAAAAAUAUGAAGGCUAGAGUUUCUUCAGUGUACCGAGUUUUGCCAUGAGAUUGAGUUUGUUGUAUCCUUACAAUGAACCUGUGCAAAAAUGAUUGCGCCUUCUCGGAAGAUCAACCGCAGUACAAUGUGAUUAGCCCAUCCAAGUCUGGCAGUUCAAAUAAUAAUAAUAAUAAUAACAAGAGCAAUAGUCGCUACUCUGGGAAAAUCAGGGCACUGGACGGACUUUGGUUAGAGUUGAGAAAUGCUGCCGUGGUGGAGUCAUCGUCAACGUCCGCAGAGUCAAACUCGAAGGGAAGUAACCACACCUCUUCUUCCGGUGGUGGGAUGGUCAGUUGUCUCCCAAUCCUGAUGAGAGAGGCUUCAAGUCCCCUCCUGGGAGGUGAUAAAGGAAUCAGCAAUGGAUUCAGAAUUGACUGCACGGGUCCAAUCCAUCGGAAAAGCCAUCAAAGAAUCAUUUCCAUUAAGAACUUGUUCUCAAAUUCACCAAAAUUCCAGAAAAAUUUUCAAAGAGGCGUCUUCCUUUCAUGUCUGAUCUAUUCUGAAGAUAAAAUCCUUGUGACAUUGGACGAUCUUUUGCCAACUUUUCAAAUAGACGAAGAUCUAAGCAGUUCUUUUCAACAUGAUUUUCACUGGCUUCACAAGAUUUCCUCGAUAUGGAAUGAUGCAAAAUUUCUCAAGCAAGAAAUGGAAAAGUGCGAUAGUGCUUCGACUCUCCAUUUCAGGGUCAAGCUACUGCAAACUGUUGUGACCAUGCAGGAAUCCCUGGAUUUGAGUGAUCUUGGAAAAGUGUACUACAAACCAAUUACAACGGAAAACAAUAAUGUCACCUUUCUCUGUACAGUCAAUCAUCUUCGAUCCACUAAACUUGUGUCCACUCCGUGUGGGAAAUGGAUUCCUAUCGAAAAGUAUAAAGCUAAAAAAAUGGUCAGUGAUACGUACCAAGUUUUGAGUAUUUCUUCGCAGAAUUUGAUGUUGUACCACCAAAUGAGUAAUAUUCCACUGGGAAAGGGCCUAUAUAUUGGAUACUUUAAACUAGUCAGCUCAGUUGAUCUGCUCAAACUCAUUGUACCGGAGAAAACGCCUAGCAUAAUUCCAUGCGUGAAAAUUAGAAAUAAUCCACAAGUUUCAAAGUCGGAAUGGGAGCUCCUCACAUCUUUAACCACUGCAAAUCUGAAUUUUAUAAAUAAUAACGAAGUGGAGAAAGCUAGUCGUUCACGGUUGACAGAGGGACAACUUACAUUCAAACAUGAUUUGGACUCAAGCCUAAAGAAAUUAUUUUCUAACUUGAAAAUCGAUCGAAAUUCUGCCCUAAAUCAUAGAUUUUAUACCACCGAAGUGAUUGAGGUUAGCUCUUCAGUAACCCUCCUAAUUCUGCUGCCCCCGAUAGAAAAAGCGUGCUCAAUUGAAGGUGACCCCGACGAUCUGAAAUGGAUCGAGGAUAAUAAACUAAUGGCACUCCCAGUUCAAGUUUUCGAAAUGACUCACAUGCUAACGUAUCAUAAUACUUUGGCCAGACGACUGAUGCGACUAAGCUGUACUUUAGAAGUGGAAACAAUUCUGGCACAGCAUAAUCGUCGCAAGGCAUUUUCUACUGAAGAAAUGUCCCAUGCCCAAACCCAAAUAUCUACACUCACCAGAUUGCAAACGAAACUUGAGCACAGUUGGAAAGAGUGUCGAUGGAUGAUGGACGUUGUGAAAGCAGCUCGUGCGAAAGAUAAGAACUUCAUCAGUCUCCGAGACUUUCUCAACCAAUACAAUACCACGUCACCAUCAUCUUCGUCAUCGUCAUCCCCUACGAAGAAAUUCAGUACUGCAAGUACAAAUUGUUCAUCUUCUUCAUCAGCUUCUUCUUCUACUAUUAAAAAAUUUCCCAAAGGAAGUUAUGUGAAUGCGAAUCAGCCAUUCAGUCGACUCCAACUACAACAGUUACUCAACUUGAGACAUGAAUCCCAGCAGCAGAAAAAAUGUGAAGAAACUAAUCACAGAGGAUCUUUAGAGCUUCAAGGACCUUGUAUACCUUCGAACCCCAAUUUUAAAUUUGAAUCCUGCUCAAGUCUGCCAAUAGUUGGGAAGACCUCGACUACCAAUUUGGACAAAUUGAGAACCAGUGCAAGUUUGUUUGAAUUACAACUUGGGCCAACGAACAAGAACCCUUCGAGUAGUAACCUCCACCAGAAAUUGCAGCAUUGCACUCAAGAAUUUAUGAAACUUGGGUUACACUUGAAAACUGAAGAUGAACCAGACCACCAUUACCAAAAUGUUCAAGAAGCCCUAGAAGAGAAUAAGAGAGACUUGUCAGUAGUUGAUCCUCAUGAGUACCAAAAUCUCCAAGAUUUACAGAAUGAAUUUAUCAGAUAUCCGCCACCUCUGCCAACAAUUUCGGUUAAUAGUAAUGUCCCAAUGCAACUAGAUUCUUACAUGAGACAUCAAUCAUCUCGAAGUAAAUUAGUGAGCUUAACCACAAUGACGAACAGACUGAAGGACAACCAUAAUGAGGGCAACAAGGGUGGAAACAGUGAAUGUGUCCCAGGCACGAGUGACCCCGCAGGAGUAAGGACACUCUCUUGGACCAAGCAAAGAACAAGUUUGGAUCGGUGUUUUAAUAUUAAUAACUCAACCACGAACACGACCAUGUCAAGUUCUUCAAUCUGUUCGGAUGGAAACAGUCAUAGUCGAGAAAUUCUUCACGAAGAUGGAAAUGAGACUGAUUCUUCAACCGACGUUCGAAACAGCUCUGCCUUUGCUGUCUCGGGAAUGUCUAAAAUUGUCGAGGUUUAUGCCGCGUACGAGUGUGGUCUUUUAACUGGGACAUGCGUACGGUUACAAAUUACUUGGGACACUGGCGCCAGACAAAUUAUUAAUUUGUUGAUUAAUAAACUCAACGAGAAAAUGCAAGUUAAUCAGGAUCAGCAAUAUCCCCAAAAUGUGGAUGACUUUUACUUGGUUUCCGUAAUCGGUGCAAGAGAACGCGUCCUCAGAAUGGACUACAAGCCUUUACGACUUCAAAAGCCGUGGGAUGGUGCCAGAUUGUUUGUCCGGAAAAAGAAAGACGUAACCGCCGCAGUGAGCUUAGAAUGGAAUCUUAGAUCCCAUCUUAAAAAUCCUGAUUGAUUAGUGCACAUUUAGCACUGUUCAAUUUUUAAUUGCUCCUCCAACUUAUUUAUGUGUUUCAAAUCGACUAUGACGAUCUCAACUUUGCAAUAUUAUUAUUUAUUUCAACCCACGCGAGAAUGGAGAAAAAUGUUUAAUCUUUUCACAUUUCCUCUUAUUUUUGUAUCUGUAUGAUGAUUUUUUUUACAAUCACCGAGACAGUAUUAUCACUGCCAAGAUUUUACGUUAUAUGUAAUAAAUACAUCAAAUAAAUAAAUAAAUCUAAUUAUACAAACUCA